ACGGUAGUUCACCGUCCGACUAGCUUCUGCCGUGUAACCUAACCAGAGGCUUGGUCCGUCUCUUUUUACUCCACGUGUACAUCCAUUAAUUUCCGUGCCUCUCUCAAAAUCUCAACUCUGGUAAUAAAAGUCUCACUUGGUCGCUGAUUUUUCCUCUCUCUCUCAUCAGAUCAAGAAUCAUCAGAUCAAGAAUGACAAGCGAGGUGAGAGAGAAGAAGAUCAAGACCAAUGGGAUUUGGUUAAACGUGACUGAGAAAGGAGAUGAGGGAGAACCUUUAGUUCUGUUACUCCAUGGCUUCCCUGAGACAUGGUUCUCGUGGCGUCACCAGAUCGAUUUCCUGUCAAGCCAUGGUUACCACGUAGUUGCUCCAGAUCUCCGAGGCUACGCUGACUCCGAUUCUCCUCCGACCCAUGAGUCUUACACUGUGAGCCACCUCGUCGCUGAUGUCAUCGGUUUGCUCGAUCACUACGGCACUGCUCAGGCUUUUGUGGCUGGACAUGACUGGGGAGCCAUCAUAGGUUGGUCUUUGUGCUUGUUUAGACCAGACAGAGUCAAAGGUUUCGUAAGUCUCUCUGUUCCAUAUUCUCCAAGAGAUCCAAAUCUCAAACCUUCGGAUUUAUUCAAAAGCUUUGGAGAUGGGUUAUACAUCACUCAGUUUCAGGAACCUGGAAGAGCUGAGGCUGCAUUUGCCAAGCAUGAUUGCUUGACAGUUAUGAAAAAGUUCUUGCUAACAACAAGAACAGAUUUCUGGGUGGCUCCUCCUAAUACAGAGAUCAUCGAUGAUCUUGAAGUUCCAUCGACGCUUCCAGAUUGGAUAACUGAAGAAGAGAUUCAGGUUUAUGCAGACAAGUUUCAAAAGUCUGGGUUCACAGGCCCACUGAAUUACUACAGAGCCAUGGAUCUGAACUGGGAGAUAUUGGCGCCGUGGCAAGGCUACAAGAUUGUUAUUCCAACAAAGUUUAUCGCAGGAGACAAAGAUAUGGGAAAUGAAGGAGCUAAUGGAACGAUUAAGUAUGUGAAGGGAGAGAUGUUCAAGAGUAUUGUACCUAAUCUUGAGGUUGUUGUUAUUGAGGAUGGUCAUCAUUUUAUCCAGCAGGAGAAGUCUGAACGAGUCUCACAGGAGAUUCUUUCUUUCUUUGACAAGUUGAGAAACAUAACAGAGUAAUGAUCAUGCCAUUCUAUGGCCUUAUAAGAAAAACUAUGGUGCUAGUAUUAAGUACACUAGUGAUGUAUGUCCAAGAAUAAUGCCGAGUGAAAAUAAUGUUUAAUAAAGUAAAAGAUAUAUCUAUUAUUCUCUA